AAAAUAAAGGCCAAGAUUUCUUGUUUCCUUCAUAGCUGAAACCUUCCACAUACUCUGCUCUUUGGAUACCUCAAACCUUUCAUCUCCUUAUUUUCAUCUCUACUGCUUUCAAUCUUCUGCGAUUUACUCGCCCAUAAUCACUCCCUGCUCUUCACCUCCAUCCUAACUCAUCCAGAUCCUGCUUUCAAUCCGGUGUUCUGCUCCGUCAAAAUCUUAAUUUGGCUGGGCGGUCUCACUUCUCCUUCUCUGGUUUUCCUUUUGUCUAGUUGAUUCCAAAAGCAUUGAUUGAGCUUUUUCUCUUGAAUCUGAAUCUGUAGCCCAUUUGUCAGUUCAUCACUCAAUAUUCCCGCUCUCUACACGUUCAUACUCAUUCUCACCGCUGAUUCUCAUUUUCAUUUUCAUUUUCCUGCGUCUGUGUCACUCCUUUGAACAAUAACUCCGCUUCUUUCCUUCUUUCAUUUUCAUUCCAAUUUUCUUGUUUGAGCUUUUUACUCUGUACCCGCUUUGUCAUUUUAUCAACUAUUCCCACUCUCUGCCCUUUGUUCUCUUUCUUAUUAGUAACCAAUCUCAUUUUCCUUUUUGGUGUGUGUCUCCCCUCUACCUUCCACAUACUCUGCUCUUUUGAUACCUCGAACCUUUCAUCUCCUUAUUUUCAUCUGUCACACUCAGUUAAAUAUUAAAAUUUUUAGUGUGUUUUCCUUCUCCUGCUGUCGUUGCCCUUUUUGAUAUCUGCUAUUGCUCAAUUCCCAUCUAUUUCUAGAGAAAGAAAACUUGGGAAAUGGCAGACAUUGUUAUCUCCGUUGUAGCAAAAGUUGCAGAGUACCUGGUUGCUCCCAUUGGACGUCAACUGGGCUAUCUGUAUAACUACCGUAUCAACCUUGAUAAGCUUGAGGAACAAGUUGAGAAGCUGGGCGAUGCAAGGGGGAGGCUGCAGCGAGAUGUGGAGGAGGCUGAUAGGCAAGGGGAUGAGAUCGAACCUGAUGUCCAGAAGUGGCUGACACGUGCAGAAGGGAUCAUCCAAAAGGCAGAGGAAUUGAUUAAAGCUGAGAAGACUGCAAACACGAGCUGUUUCAAUUUAAAGUUGCGGUACCAGCGAAGCAGGCAAGCUAAGAAGCAGUCUGGGGAUAUUGGUAAAAUCCAAGAAGAAUGUAAAUUUGACAGGGUAGCGUAUUGCCUUACUCCACAAGGGGCAUGGUCUGCACGCCUCAGAGAUUGUAAAGCUUUGGAAUCGAGAGAAUCUACUUUAAAAGAAAUUAUGAAGGCCUUGAGAAAUGAUGAUAUCAGGAUGAUUGGUGUGUGGGGGAUGGGCGGUGUGGGCAAAACCACUCUUGCCAAUCAAGUAGCGGAAAAGGCCGAGGAAGAUAAGUUAUUUGAAAAGGUGGUUAUGGCAUUAAAUGUAACCCGAGUUCCGAACGUGACAAAAAUUCAAGGAGAAAUUGCAAGCAUGUUAGGUUUGGAAUUUAAGGAGAAAGAGGAAUCGGGAAGAGCAGCCCGCUUAAGCAAAAGUUUGCAAAAAAAAGAGACGGUCCUGGUGAUUUUGGAUGAUAUUUGGGAAGAACUUAGUCUGGAAAACAUCGGAAUUCCUUAUGGAGAUGCUCAUAGGGGGUGUAAAGUGCUGCUGACUUCCAGAGAACAUGCUGUGUUAUCUAAAGAUAUGCGUACUCAGAAAAACUUCCAUAUUCAACAUUUAUGUGAACAGGAAGCCUGGAGUUUAUUUAAGAAUACAGCAGGUAAUUCAGUGGAGGAGCUUGAAUUGCGCCCCAUAGCACUUGAAGUGGUUAAAGAAUGUGAGGGUCUACCAGUUGCCAUUGUAACAAUUGCAAAGGCAUUAACAGGCGAAAGUGUGGCUGUAUGGAAGACUGCCUUGGAAGAACUGAAGAGGUCUGCACCAACAAACAUCAGGGGAGUGAGUAAAAACGUAUACUCAUGUCUGGAGUUGAGCUACAACCACUUGAAAGGUGAUGAAGUGAAGCGUUUGUUCUUACUUUGUGGUAUGCUGUGCUAUGGUGAUAUUUCACUGGAUCAAUUGUUAAAAUAUGGCAUGGGUUUGGAUUUGUUUGAACGCGUGAGUUCAUUGGAGCAAAUAAGAAAUAAACUAGUGACAUUGGUCAAAAUCCUCAAAGACUCGAGCUUGCUGCUUGAUGCUGAAGAUCGUUAUCGGCCAGGUGUGGGGCCAGGUGUGUUUUUCGGAAAUAAUGAUGAAAACAAGUUUGUCAGAAUGCAUGAUGUUGUUGGUGAUGUUGCCAGAGCAAUUGCAGCAAAAGAUCCUCAUCGAUUUGUUGUGAUCAAAGAAGCUCUUGGAUUAGAAGAAUUGCAAAGGAAGGAGGAGUUCAGAAAUUGCAGUCGUAUAUCUUUGAAUUGCAAAGAUCUCCAUGAGCUUCCAGAAAGAUUGGUAUGCCCCAGACUUGAAUUCUUUGUAUUGAAUAGUGAUGCUGAAUCUUCGAGAAUUCCAGACACCUUUUUUGAAGGGACGGAACUACUAAAAGUUUUGGACUUGUCUGCAACGUAUCGUACACCACUGCCUUCAUCACUUGGUUUUCUUUCCAAUCUUCGAACAUUGCGUGUAUACCGAUGCACAUUCCAAGACAUAGCAGUAAUCGGAGAGCUAAAGAAACUACAAGUUCUUAGUUUUGCAAGUUGCGAAAUUAAACGGUUGCCGAAAGAAUUCAUGCAAUUGACUGAUCUAAGGGCGCUGGACUUGUGGGAUUGCUCUCAUCUCGAAGUAAUUCCCCAAAACGUCAUAUCAAGUUUAUCUCGAUUGGAGCAUUUAUGUUUAGCAAAAAGUUUUACCAAAUGGGGGGCUGAAGGAUUUGGUAGUGGAGAAAGCAAUAAUGCUUGCCUUUCUGAGCUGAACAACUUGUUCUAUUUGAAGACUUUAUGUAUAGAAAUAACGGAUCCCGAUUUGCUAUCAAAAGAUCUGGUCUUUGAGAAGCUUUCCAGAUAUGUGAUAUCAGUGUCUGUCGUGCCAAGACGUGUUGAUUAUAAUAGAUCCGCAAGAACGUUGAAUCUCCGGAGGGUUAACAAACCUUGCUUGGUGGACUGCUUUUCCAAGCUGUUCAAGACAGUUGAAGAUUUAAAUUUGUAUGACUGGAAGGACAACCAUGUUCUUUACGAGUUUGAUACAGAUGAUUUUCUUCAACUCAAGCGUCUUGAUAUCGCAGAUUGUCCUGGGAUUCAAUACAUUGUUGACUCGACCAAAGGGGUCCCAUCACACAGUGCCUUUCCUAUCUUGGAGGAGUUGCGUCUUUUUGAACUCGAGAACAUGGAUGCAGUAUGCUAUGGUCCAAUUCCAGAGGGAUCUUUUGGGAAGUUACGUUCUCUAAGAGUGUAUGAUUGUAAGAGGUUGAAAUCUUUCAUAUCCCUUCCCAUGGAGCAAGGAAGGGAUGGAUCGGUGUUACCUGAAAUGGGAUCCUUGUUUUCGACACGGGACUUCAAGACAGUUGAUGAUUUUCUUCAACUCAAGCGUCUUGAUAUCAUAAAUUGUCCUGGGAUUCAAUACAUUGUUGACUCGACCAAAGGGGUCCCAUCACACAGUGCCCUUCCUAUCUUGGAGGAAUUGGAGAUACAUGGCCUCGAGAACAUGGAUGCAGUAUGCUAUGGCCCAAUUCCAGAGGGAUCUUUUGGGAAGCUACGUUUUCUAAGAGUGGAUCGUUGUGAGAGGUUGAAAUCUUUCAUAUCCCUUCCCAUGGAGCAAGGAAGGGAUGGAUCGGUGUUACCUGAAAUGGGAUCCUUGUUUUCGACACGGGACUUCAAGACAGUUGAUGAUUUUCUUCAACUCAAGCGUCUUGAUAUCACAAAUUGUCCUGGGAUUCAAUACAUUGUUAACCCAAUGAAAGGGGUCCCAUCACGCAGUGCCUUUCCUAUCUUGGAGGAGUUGCGUCUUUUUGAACUCGAGAACAUGGAUGCAGUAUGCUAUGGUCCAAUUCCAGAGGGAUCUUUUGGGAAGUUACGUUCUCUAAGAGUGUAUGAUUGUAAGAGGUUGAAAUCUUUCAUAUCCCUUCCCAUGGAGCAAGGAAGGGAUGGAUCGGUGUUACCUGAAAUGGGAUCCUUGGAUUCGACACGGGACUCCAAGACAGUUGAAGAUUUAGAAUUGCGUAGAUUUGGCGACACUAAACAUGUUCUUUUCGAGUUGGAUACAGUUGAUUUUCUUCAACUCAAGCAUCUUGUUAUCGGAAAUUGUCCUGGGAUUCAAUACAUUGUUGACUCGACCAAAGGGGUCCCAUCACACAGUGCCCUUCCUAUCUUGGAGGAAUUGUUUAUUUCUGGACUCCAGAACAUGGAUGCAGUAUGCUAUGGCCCAAUUCCAGAGGGAUCUUUUGGGAAGCUACGUUCUCUAACAGUGGAUCGUUGUGAGAGGUUGAAAUCUUUCAUAUCCCUUCCCAUGGAGCAAGGAAGGGAUGGAUCGGUGUUACCUGAAAUGGGAUCCUUGUUUUCGACACGGGACUUCAAGAUAGUUGAUGAUUUUCUUCAACUCAAGCGUCUUGAUAUCAUAAAUUGUCCUGGGAUUCAAUACAUUGUUGACUCGACCAAAGGGGUCCCAUCACACAGUGCCCUUCCUAUCUUGGAGGAAUUGGAGAUACAUGGCCUCGAGAACAUGGAUGCAGUAUGCUAUGGCCCAAUUCCAGAGGGAUCUUUUGGGAAGCUACGUUUUCUAAGAGUGGAUCGUUGUGAGAGGUUGAAAUCUUUCAUAUCCCUUCCCAUGGAGCAAGGAAGGGAUGGAUCGGUGUUACCUGAAAUGGGAUCCUUGUUUUCGACACGGGACUUCAAGAUAGUUGAUGAUUUUCUUCAACUCAAGUGUCUUGAUAUCAUAAAUUGUCCUGGGAUUCAAUACAUUGUUGACUCGACCAAAGGGGUCCCAUCACACAGUGCCCUUCCUAUCUUGGAGGAAUUGGAGAUACAUGGCCUCGAGAACAUGGAUGCAGUAUGCUAUGGCCCAAUUCCAGAGGGAUCUUUUGGGAAGUUACGUUCUCUAAGAGUGGAUGGUUGUGAGAGGUUGAAAUCUUUCAUAUCCCUUCCCAUGGAACAAGGAAGGGAUGGAUCAGUGUUACGUGAAAUGGGAUCCUUGGAUUCGACACGGGACUUCUCCUCCACAGGAAGCAGUGCUACCCAGGAGUUAUCUAGGAGUGAUGUUCCCACACCAUUCUUCAAUGAACAGGUUACACUCCCUAGCUUGGAGAAAUUGAAAAUGUACAACUUGGAUAAUGUGAUAGCAAUUUGGCACAACCAACUUCCUCUAGAGUCUUGUUGCAAAUUGACAAGUUUGGAAAUAUCAAAGUGCAACAAACUGCUAAAUGUUUUUCCAUCCAAUAUCCUAAAAGGGUUACAAAGUUUGGAAUAUGUGACAAUAGAUGAUUGUGAUUCCAUAGAAGAGAUUUUUGAUCUACAGGGAGUAAAUUGCAAGGAAAUUCAUGAUAUUGCAACCAUUCCAUUGGAAGAAUUGACUUUAGAGAGCCUAAAUAGUUUGAAGAGUGUAUGGAAUAAGGAUCCUCAAGGACUUGUCUCCUUUCAAAACCUACUGGUCUUAAAAGUUGUUGAGUGUCCUUGUUUAAAAUAUCUUUUUCCAAUUACGGUAGCAGAAGGCCUUGUGCAACUUGAAGAACUACAGAUAAUAAAUUGUGGAGUGGAGGAAAUUGUUGCAAAUGAAAAUGGAGAUGAAGUAAUGUCUUCAUUAUUCCCUGAACUAACCUCUCUCACACUCUCAGGAUUAGACAAACUCAAAGGUUUCUACCGAGGAACACGUAUUGCAAGAGGGCCACAUUUGAAAAAGCUAAUUAUGUUGGCAUGGGAUCAAGUGGGGACACUUUUUCAAGAAAUAGAUUCAGAAGGUUAUAUUGAUAGUCCAAUUCAACAAUCUUUCUUCUUGUUGGAAAAGGAUGCAUUCCUUCAUUUGGAGCAAUUGAUCUUAGAGGGCCCCAAGAUGAAAAUAUGGCAAGGCCAAUUUUCAGGGGAGUCAUUUUGCAAGCUGAGACUUCUGAAGAUAAGAAAGUGUCACGACAUUUUUGUUGUGAUCCCCUCCAAUGUGCUUCCAAAGUUGUAUAAUCUAGAGGAACUUCAUGUGAGCAAGUGUAAUUCAGUGAAAGAGGUAUUUGAACUUGUUGAUAAGGAAUAUCAAGUUGAGACACUCCCACGAUUAACUGAAAUGUUCCUAGAAGAUCUACCCUUGUUGACAUAUCUAUCUGGAUUGGGUCAAAUUUUAAAGAAUCUUCAUUCAAUAGAAGUAUGUGGUUGUGGAAAUUUAAUAUAUCUGGUGACUUCCUCAAUGGCUAAAACAUUGGUGCAACUCAAAGUGCUUACUAUAGGAAAAUGCGAAUCGGUGGAAGAAAUAGUCAGACAUGAGGGAGGUGAAGAACCAUAUGAUAUUGUUUUCUCCAAAUUACAAAGGUUGAGACUUGUUAACUUACAAAGUCUAAAAUGCUUCUGCUCAACUAGUUGCAUCUUCAAAUUCCCAUCCUUGGAACAAUUUGAGGUGAAAGAAUGCCCUCAGAUGGAAUUUUUUUGUGAGACAGUCCCAAGUACACCAAGGGUAAAGGAAGUAAAAAUGGACAAUCAUGUGGAAAAGCAUUUUUUGGGGUGUGACAUCAAUACCAUCAUCCGUAACAACUUUGGAGAAGUUUAUAAUUGUCAAGGUGACGUUUGAGAAGGAUCAUGAGGCUCUUAGGGCAACCACUCAAUCGCGUUUGAAGGUAUGUGAGAUUUCCUUCUUUUGAGAAGCUGCACAAAUACCAUCCUUGGCAGAGAGACGCUAGCUAAUGAUAUUUCCUUCAUUUAAAUUAAAUAGAGGAAGGUUUUUCUCUAUAAGUGUCUUGAUUUUUUUCAAUAAAUAAGCUAGAUCUUUUGUAUGCUUUGCUCUAAAGCUUGAUAUUUCUAGAUCGCUACAAUUCAACUCUCCAUGAUUUAAAUUGUUAGUGAAUUUAGGAAACUUUAUUAGUAUUAUUCUUGCCUAUAUGUAUUUGAUAUUAAGCAAUGAAUGUGUUGUUGAGGAUA